AUGCGGUUUGGUAGGAUAACAGCUUCUAUUUUAUAUGAAGCUGCUAGAUGCAAAACACCAGGUGGAUAUUUGGUGGAGAGAAUUAUGGGUGUUUCGAAGCCAGUAGAGACCGAAGCAAUGUCGAGAGGAAAACAACUUGAAUUACAGGUUCUUCAAUGCGUGGAAAAAAUGAGAGAUAUUGAAAUAAAGAAUAGUGGCAUACUUAUCCAUAAAGAAUUUUCUAUAUUUAGGGCAUCUCCAGAUGGUAUAAGCUCUGACUUUGUUAUAGAAAUCAAAUCUCCAAGUAGGGAAAAAAAUAUUGAGAAUUAUGUAAAACAUGACAUAAUAAAUAAGAAAUUCUAUUUUCAAUUGCAAUUGAACAUGUUCUUUUCGAAUAAAAAGAAGGAUUUGUUUUGUGUUGCUUUUCCAACAUUUGAACAGGAUAGUCCAAUAUAUGAGAUAACACUUAAUAAUGAAGAAUUAAAAGAUAUUAUGGAAUUAGCCACUGUUCAUUGGAAAAAUAAUAUUUUCAUUGAACUAAUCAAAAUUAAUGAAUAA